AUGGAUAAGAAUCAAAUGACUGAACCGAUGCCUCUUGAAUCGAGGAUUGGUGAAAUGAAGAAACAAUUUCAAAAGUCUUAUGAGAUUUUUAUCAAAGCAAAUGAAGAACUCUCUAAGAUUAAUUUUGAUUACUUAAAUGUGUAUGAGAGCAAAGAAAAUCAGACACUUAGUGAUAUAUUUUCAAAUCUUGACGUCAAAGAUGUUAAUGAAAUUCUCGGAGCAAAAUCAAUUGAUGAGUCAAUCCAAAAACUUCGUUCUAAAAUUCACGAAGACGAUGAAAAGAUUAAGACUUCGUUUCCAGACAUAACAAAAUUGUUAAAAAUUAUGAAUAGUCUUCAAACUGAUAUUGAAUCAUUAAAGGAACAGCAGGAUGAAUUUGUAAAAUUAACACAAGACGUAAAUGAAGAAAUGAAUCGGUUUGAAAAAGAAAUUGAAGAUUCAGCAAAUCAAUUAGAUGAUUUAGUCACUGAAUCUUUAGAUGAUGAGACAAGCUAUGAUGACUGUAAUGAAGAUGAAAUCGGGGAAUUAAAUAAAUAUUAUCUUGAUUCAGAAUGUUCAGAUUAA